AUGAAGAAGGUAUUUUACUUUCAUCAUAUUGUCUUGAUCGAAAUAUUAAUGGUAUGUUUGAUCUUUGGGAAGAUAUACUUCUUCAUUUCAAGUAUACAUGAACAACUUCAUCAAUAUGAUCGUUUAAAUACUUUAAUUAAAGGUCAAGCAUCAGAAUAUGCAAAUAGUGUUCAUGAAUCUGGUCAUACAUAUGCUGUUAUACAUUCAGCUAGUCAAUAUGGACCUGUUGAUCAAUUAUCAGAAAAUCUAUUUGGUUUAACACAAGUUAAUCGUAUGCAAGAAAUAGCUCGAUUAGAAAAUUAUGAUGAUCUAACAAAAAAAUUAAGUCAAAUUGCAAAUUAUAUUUUAACUAAAAAUUCUUUACGUUGUGCAUUAAAUGGUGAAUCCGAUGGAUUAACAAAUGGAAUGAAACGACUUGAAACAUUUCUUCAUCGACUUCCAGGUUUAUCAACAAAUAAAUUACAAUUAAUACGUCAUGAAAAUGCACAAUUUUAUCUUAAAAAUGAUUUUCAAAUUGGACGAAAUAAAUUACCAUCAAAAACUCAUUUUGAAAUGCCAUUUGAUGUAUUCUAUUCAGGUCAAUGUUAUCAAGGUGUACCAUAUAGUCAUGAAGACUAUCCUAGUUUAUCAAUAUUAACAAAAUUGAUGUUUAAUAAAUUUUUAUUACGUGAAAUUCGUGAAAUAGGCGGUGCAUAUGGUGGUGGAGCAUAUCUUCGUGGAAAUUUAUUUUCCUUCUUUUCAUAUCGAGAUCCACAUUGCGUUGAAACACUUGAACGAUUCAAGCAAUGUAUUGACUAUUUUGUGAAUGGAAAUUUUACUGAUAAAGACGUUGAUGAAGCUAAAUUAGCAACAUUUCAAAAACUUGAUAAACCAAAAUCACCUGGUAAUCAAGGUAUGACACGAUUUUUACAUGGAAUUGAUGAUGAAAUGCGACAAAAAAAUCGUGAUGGAAUAUUUGCUUGUAAAAAACAAAAUCUAAUUGAUGUAACACAAAAAUAUUUACUUAAAAAAGCUUAUGCAGCUACAAUACUUGGUCCGGAUAAUCCAAAAUUUGCUGUUGAUGGACAAUUUCGUCAAGUGAAAAAUUCUCAAAUGCCAUCAAUUGAAGAAUAA